CAAAUAUAGAAAGCCCAAAUAAAAACACACACUAUAUAGUAUUACUAGGUGAAAAGAAAAAAAGAAACGAAGAACAAUGAAUGCUCCAGAUCGUUAUGAGCGAUUCGUAGUUCCUGAAGGCGUAAAAAAGGUUUCGUAUGAGAGGGAUACGAAGAUUAUGAAUGCAGCUACUUUUACUGUUGAAAGAGAGGAUCAUACUAUUGGAAACAUUGUUCGCAUGCAACUUCAUAGGGAUGAUACUGUUCUGUUUGCUGGGUACAAGUUGCCUCAUCCUCUUCAGUACAAAAUCUUACUCAGGAUUCAAACAACAAGCCAGUCCUCACCUAUGCAGGCAUAUAACCAGGCUAUAAAUGAUCUCGACAAGGAACUUGAUCAUCUGAAGAAUCAAUUUGAGGGUGAGUUGGCCAAGUACACGAGGGACUACUAAUCGUUCAACAGUGAUUCAACAACAGUGCCUCAAACAGUUUCCUAUCUCGGUGUAGCCUGUAUGUAAGUCUUGGUCUCUGUAUGUAUGAUGUUAACUAGCAGCUACAGUUUGGCUCUCGGGCGAUAGCCCAGAAUUCAUUUUGAAGUUGGUACUUUGAGGUCUGCUAUAAUAUGCUUCUAGUUUUAGGUUCA